AAUUGCAAAACUGAAACGGGGCUGGGUGUAGCAAUGGAGGGAUAAAAAGACUGUGGCCACCCCUUUCAUAGCACUCUUCUCUCAGACACAACACAAACCCAAGAUGAGGAUUCUAUAUACUGUAGCUGCCCUCCUUCUCUGUGGACUGCUGUCUGCAGAUGCCCAAAAUGACGUCCUGGAUAUGGAGGAUGACCUCUGCCCAAAACCUCCUCCUAUAGAAAAUGGCUAUGCUGAGCACGCAGUCCGCUAUAAGUGUGACCAGUUCUAUAGACUGAAAAGUGAUGGUGAUGGCCUCUACACCUUAAAUAAGGAGAAACAGUGGACUAACAAGGAUGUUGGUGAAAAACUACCUACAUGUGAAGCAGUGUGUGGAAAACCUGUGAACCCAGCCAAACCAGUACAGCGGAUCAUUGGGGGCUCACUAGAUGCCAAGGGCAGCUUUCCCUGGCAAGGUCACAUGGUUUCCCAGAGAAAUCUCAGCAGUGGAGCUACUUUGAUUAGUGAUCAAUGGUUACUGACCACAGCUAAAAACCUCUUUCUGAGUCACGAUGAAAGUGCCGUUCUCGAAGACAUCACCCCUACCCUGAAGCUCUUCCUGGGGAAGAAGCCCGUGGCCAUUGAUCGAGUGAUUCUACACCCCAACCACUCCAUGGUGGACAUCGGACUCAUCAAACUUAAAAGUAAAGUACUUGUUAAUGAGAAGGUGAUGCCCAUUUGCUUGCCCCAGAAAGACUAUGCAGAAGUGGGGCGUGUAGGUUACGUGUCUGGUUGGGGAAGAAAUGCCAAUUUUGCUUUUAGUGAACGUUUGAAGUAUGUCAUGCUGCCUGUGGCUGACGAUGCCAAAUGCAUAGAACACUACGAAGGCAGCACAGGACCAGAAAAGAAGGAAAAAAAGAGUCCUGUUGGAGUCCAGCCCAUAUUGAACCAAUAUACAUUCUGUGCUGGUCUGACCCGAUUCAAUGAAGACACAUGCUACGGUGAUGCUGGUGGUGCCUUUGCUAUUCAUGAUGAGGCUGAUGAUACCUGGUAUGCAGCAGGUAUUCUGUCCUUUGAUAAGAGUUGUGCAGUGGCUGAAUAUGGCGUUUACGUGAAAGUGCCUUCCAUCCUGGACUGGAUCCAAGAGACAAUAGCCACCAACUAGACAGGAGGCAGGCUGGAACUCUACUUUUUUUUUUUUUUUGCACCAGCUCAAGGCUUGUAAUGAGUUGCACAAGAUGGCAAGAUUUCACAUAUGGCUAGGCAAGCUGGGUAUCACACAAAACAUCUGUAAAUUAGUGGCAGUAGCCCAGCUAAGUAUAAACAAUAAAGUGCUCUCUUGAAUAUA